AUUCAACUUCGAGAACCAAGUGUCCCCACCCUGACGAACUGUCAAAACACUGCAAAGGAAAUAGAGAAAAUAAGAAACAAUAAAGUAAGAAAUAGUUAAAUACCGAUUGUUUGUAAAGUAAAGUAAAAGGACCAGACUAUAGUAGAAAGUUAAUCCACAUUCAAAUUUUUAGUUAAAUAAUUAAACAAAAAGAAAUAAUUCGAAGAAAUUUAAUGUAAAAAUAGAACAAAAAAAUUAUUCAUCCUAAAAAAAGACAAAAAACAACAAUGUAAAUGGAAAUAGAAAAAAACGAGCAAUAAAAUAGAUGGAUCUAAAGAAAAUGAAGUGAAAAAUUCCUUUUUUCAGAAUGAUAUUCUCGUUAAAUGAACUCGUUCAUUGGUUGGGAUUGACAAUUUUUGAGAUAUGGGUUAAUCUGGCAUCACUUUCGGUGUUUUUUAUCCUAUUGGCCUUUAAAUUAGAUAAUGACUAUUUUUUAAAUCACAAAGAUUGGUGGAUUGUUUUUUCGCCAUUAUUCAUUGCCGAUGGAUUGAAUACAUAUUUUUGUUGUAUUAUAUUCAUACGAAUGCAUAUGGAAGGAAUGGUGAAGGAUGCUAUAUUGAGAGCACUUUGGAGUUUAAUUCUAUUGCUAUUAAUUUUUAUAUUCAAAUAUUUUCUCUGCCAAAAAUUGUCGGGACAAGCGUCUUUGGAAUAUUCAGAAGUAUUGAGUCCCGUAUUCUUUUUAUUGCAACUUAUUGCCAUUAGAGCUUGUCAAUUACAUUGAAUUGUUUAUUUAUAAACUGAAAUUUAAAGAAAAAUUGUUCUGUUGAAUAUGUGG